GGGCUGUGCGUGCCGCGCUGCCUCCAGGAAGCCUCACGGGCCUUCCCUCCUCCGGGGCCGCGGGAGCCGGGCUCCCAGGAUGCAGUGUGGACCGGCCGGGCGCUGACGGCGUCCGCGGCGGGUCUGUGGGCGAAACGAACGAGCAGGGCGGGCCUAGUCGAGGAGCCCGGGCGAGCGCCGGCGGCGGCGGAGGAGGAGGCCGCCGAACCCGCGGCACCGCCUACGGAGAGGGCCAGGCGGCCAGGCCCUGCGUGUGGCCGCGCACGGCGGCGGGCGGCGGCGGCGGCGGCGACUUCCUCCGGGCCCGGGCCGGACAGCUCAGGGCCAUGGCCGAGGCGGCUGCGGCUCCGAUUUCUCCAUGGACAAUGGCUGCUACAAUUCAGGCCAUGGAGAGGAAAAUUGAGUCGCAGGCUGCUCGCUUGCUUUCCCUAGAAGGUCGAACUGGCAUGGCGGAGAAGAAGCUGGCGGACUGUGAGAAGACGACCUUGGAGUUUGGGAACCAGCUGGAGGGCAAGUGGGCCGUGCUGGGGACCCUGCUGCAGGAGUACGGGCUGCUGCAGAGGCGGCUGGAGAACAUGGAGAACCUGCUGCGAAACAGGAACUUCUGGAUCCUGCGGCUGCCCCCGGGCAGCAAGGGGGAGGUCCCCAAGGUGCCCGUGACCUUUGAUGAUGUGGCCGUGUAUUUCUCUGAGCAGGAGUGGGGCAAACUGGACGAGUGGCAGAAGGAGCUCUACAAGCACGUGAUGAGGGGCAACUAUGAGACCCUGGUCUCUCUGGAUUAUGCCAUCUCCAAGCCUGAGGUCCUCUCCCAGAUUGAACAAGGGAAGGAACCAUGCAACUGGCGUCGCACUGGCCCCAAGGUUCCAGAUGUUCCUGUGGACCCAAGUCCAGGCUCAGGGGCUCCAGUUCCUGCACCUGACCUCUUAAUGCAGAUCAAGCAGGAGAGUGAACUUCAGCUCCAAGAGCAGCAGUCUCUGGGGGUGGAGGCAUGGGCAGCCGGACAGCCAGACAUCGGGGAAGAGCCCUGGGGCCUCAGUCAGCUGGACUCAGGAGCAGGAGACAUCUCUACGGAUGCUACCCCCGGUGUCCAUUCCAACUUUUCAACCACUAUCCCACCCAGUUCCUGGCAGGCAGAUCUCCCUCCCCACCAUCCUUCUUCAGCAUGCUCAGAUGGGACCCUGAAGCUCAGCACAGCAGCCUCCACUGAAGCAGAUGUAAAAAUUGUGAUAAAAACAGAAGUCCAGGAGGAGGAGGUGGUGGCCACACCAGUGCAUCCUACUGACCUAGAGGCUCACGGAACCCUAUUUGGACCAGGCCAAGCCACAAGGUUUUUCCCGAGUCCUGUCCAAGAAGGAGCCUGGGAAAGCCAGGGCAGUUCCUUCCCCAGCCAGGACCCUGUGCUGGGGCUGAGAGAGCCGGGCCGGCCUGAGAGGGACAUCAGUGAGCUCAGCCCUGCAGUGGCCCAGGAAGAAACCCCCCAAGCCGACUGGCUCUUUGGCGGAGUCCGGUGGGGCUGGAAUUUCAGGUGUAAGCCUUCUGUGGGUCUGAACCCGAGGACUGGGCCUGAGGGGCUCUCAUACUCCUCUCCCGACAAUGGAGAGGCUGUCCUGGACCCCAACCAGGCCCCGAGACCUUUCACUGAGCCCUGUAAAUACCCUGGCCGGACAAAAGGCUUUGGCCACAAGCCAGGGCUUAAGAAGCACCCAGCAGCGCCCCCCGGGGGCCGCCCCUUCACGUGCGCCACGUGCGGUAAGAGCUUCCAGCUGCAGGUCAGCCUGACCGCUCACCAGCGCAGCUGCGGGCUGCCCGACGGGGCGGCCGCCCCAGCGGCAGGAGCCACAGGAGCCGCCGCGGCGGGGGGCAGCGCGAGGGACGCGAGCGCCCUGCGGUGCGGAGAGUGUGGGCGCUGCUUCACCCGGCCCGCACACCUCAUCCGGCACCGCAUGCUCCACACGGGCGAGCGGCCCUUCCCCUGCACCGAGUGCGAGAAGCGCUUCACGGAGCGCUCCAAGCUCAUCGACCACUACCGAACCCACACGGGCGUGCGGCCCUUUACCUGCACCAUCUGUGGCAAGAGCUUCAUCCGCAAGGACCACCUGCGGAAACACCAGCGCAACCACGCAGCGGGUGCCAAGGGGCCGGCCCGAAGCCAGCCACUUCUGCCCCUCCCCACCGGCCCCCCAGACCCCUUUAAGGGCCCUGGCCCUAAAGGACCCUUGGCCUCAACAGACCUUGUGACUGACUGGACUUGUGGCCUAAGUGUCCUGGGACCCACUGACGGCAGUAGCCUGUGAGGGACCCCCGCCCCCUAGAGACGGGCUGAGCUGUUUCCCACCUCAGCACAAGGAGUCCUCGUGACUGCUGCAGGCUCACAAAAUUUUAAAGUACCAUUUCCAGACGUCAGGGUGGUAGUAAGAGCCUAGAGGCAGAAAUAGAGACUGUGGGAGAACCAAACUUAAAAGUUGCUGAACUGAUCACUGGAAAAAGAAACUAUCAAACAAUACAGCUUCUACCUAUAAACAAAGUAGAAUUCUCUGAUUGUGAAAUUGAGCAUCAUAGAAUUUUAAGUAAUUUAAUUAUGAAAUCUUUUUUUUUAAAUUCUUGAGGAAAAAGCUGGAAAAUAGUGGUAGCACCAAUUUAAAUUUUGUAGCAUACUUUUGGUUUUCAAAGCGUGUGUUCAUGUCGACUGUGUCCUUGCCAAGUCUGGGUAGUGAGUGUGUUGGAAAGUUGGCUACCUGGGGAGAGGAGGGGAGAAAGGACCUGGUGGCUCCCCUGGGCCCCCUGACUCCUGGCGAAGGGGUGGGCUUGGCACACAAUACUGUUGGCAGCUGAGACUCUGCUCUGCCCAGGGGCUGGCUGGUCAGGGGCUGAACCCCUGAGUCCCUGGGAAGUGAGUACAAAUGGGUGCUGUGGAACCCCAGCCUCAUCUCAGCAGGGAGAAAGACUUAUCGAGGAGCAUUCCAUUAAACAUUCCCCAGCUUGCCUCUCCACCUGAAAAGGCCCCCCGAAAACUACUGGCCCUGUUUGUGUUUCUCGGGCCAUCUGUAGCACCUAUCGAAAGGGAACUUGGUGAUGUUGCCCCUGUUAUCUUAACUCCUGGGCCUCCUAAAGGAGAGGUGUCUGAAAGCAUAAUGUUAGGUUUGGAGAGGUGAAGAAACGGAGGUGUGGGGAAUCAAACCCUCGCACACCUAGUUAACUGGCAGAGCCAGCAAUAAAACCUGGCCUGCGAGCUUCCACGUAGGGCUGCUUUCCACUCCAGCAAGAUGCUUCUGUUUCCUUUUCCUUUUGUGUAGUGACAGUCUUUUCGUUUUUAAAAUGCUUUCACAUCACAUCUCAUUUGAUCAUUAACGUGACUUUGUGAAGCAGGCAGGAUGGGUAUCAUUUUUUUUAGAGAUGAGGAGAAAAAUUGCUCAAAGAGGACACAUCUCAGCUUCUUACUGAGUGGUGUGUCAAGAGGUGCAAAAAGCCACAAGUCCAUCCUCCUGGAACAUCAGUUUGGGGGAGAAAAGGUUUUAAUUUUUGCUAUUUUAAAAGAUUUGACCCACACCUGCAUGAGUAAAAUCAUCACACCUCAAAGAAACUUCUGCUUGCCCCAGCUGCUUUAGCUGAGUACCAGCCACCUUGGUAUAUAUGUCACUCCAAUGUUAGGGAUACUUGGAGGCAGAGUUUGAGAAGAAGUGGCUUGCUCAUUUCUCAUGACUGAUAUCUUAAAGGUGGAAUUAGAAAUGGAUCCAGCCUUCUUGAUUCUGCCACAGUGCUGUCUCUGCCAUGUGAAUAUCCAUUCUUGUUUUGUCGAAGCAGCCACUGGUUCUCCUACCCAAGAUGGGUAACUUGUUUCCCCUGCAGGAGGGAGAGACCAUGGCUUUCAUUCAGCUCCCUCAUGCGUACUUUUAUUAGGCGAUAGACUAGUUAAGAAAAUUGUUUCUAUGUACUGUAUAUUUUGUACCUGUUUACACUUCUAAUAUUGAUAUAACUGAUAUUUUGAAAAACAAAUAAACAGAAAACAUUCUGUUAAAAUAAAACCUAACCAGCAUCAAGGCAGUUUGGUGGGUUCCAUUCUUAGAGCUGUGUCUUUGGUGCUGAUGCCUCCGAACAUGCCCCCAAGGGAGCUGUCUCAUCAGCCAUCCUUCUGCACCUGGUUGCCUUGGAUCCCAGAGAGGUGACUGUCCUGAGAACUAGGAAUGGAAGGAUCCUGGAGAAGUUUGAUUCCAUGGGCAUGAACUGACAUUUGGAAGGGAAAACGAAAACACACCUCAAGUCACUUUGUUUCAGAACAUAAGCAUGAUUUAUGUAAUUUAGUUUUAUAUAAUUUGGUAGAGUAGACCUGAAGAUAGGAAGGUCUGGGAGAAAAAUUGCAAAGUUUCAAAGAAAAAUGGAUGUUCCAUGUUUUCUUGCAUCCGUUGGCUAAGGAAGGAGGUGAUGAAGGGAUUGACGAUGUCUGUAGUUGUAAUCAUACCUGAUCUUGCAGCAGAGUCCAUCAGAUGUUGCAUGAGCAUAGUGGAAGAGAACUGGGAAUGAGUGGCCUACUACUUGCUAGCUGUGUGACCUGGAGCAAGUCACAACUUCUCGUCCAAAUUAUUAAUGUAUAUAUCAAGGGGAUUGUAUUCGGAGAUCUUAAAGGUCCUUCCAGUUCUGCAACUUUGAAGUCCUGUGGUCCUAGGAAAGAGCACCGUGUCAAUCAAACAUCAACCCAGAAGGGGACAAGUAUCAGGACAUGGACAAGAGCCAAGGGACCUGCAACUGAGUAGGAACCCAGGAAUGUGCCUUAGCCCUGGAUUUAAAGGAAAGAAGGGAUGGGAAUAGAGAGAUGUGUUUUGGAAAAAGGCAGAUGAGGUGCUUGCUAUGCCUUUAAGGGCCCCAGCACUUUUUCAGCCUGGAGUAUGCAGUCCUCUAAAUAAGUCUCUCUCCAGUCUCACUUUCUCACAGCUGGUAGAGUUAUCUUUGCAAAACAUAAAUCUGCUCAUGUCCUCUGCUUUCCAAACAACUCCCUGCCCAUUGGACGGCUCAUUGUGCAAACUGCCCUGUAGCCUCAUCCACCACUACCACCCCCUUCAGGCAGGAAACUGCUCUCAAAGAGCUUCUGCCCAGGAAAGCCCAUCUGACAAGGAUGCCUUCCCAGAACUCUCUGCACAUACUUCUAAUGCAGUACUUAACCCCACUGCACCAUAAUCGUUUGUGGUGGGUGAAAGGGGGAGCAUGAGCUCAACAGCCCCAGAAGAGUGGUGACAAGACUUUAGAGGCCUGUAGAAUUACUUUGGGUAAUAGUGUCCAGCCCAUAGAUAAAACCUGACAGGUAAAUGGCCAAGGAAAGCAGGUGACCAUACCAAAGUGGAGGAAAGCAGUUCUUAGCUCCCUUGCUGGUCCAGGAAGCCGAAAUCCUGGGAUGGGAAUGGGAGGAGGCACAGCUAACCCUGCAGGCCACUCAGGAAUCUUAGAGGCUUCACACAACUCGAUUUGAUAAUCUGUUUUCUCAUUCUUUAAAAAGAAAUCAAAACAUCAAGUCUCAAAUGGAAAAGCACCAUCACAGGCCACAGAGCUUGGAGAGUCAGGGCACCCACUCCACGACUAUUUCCUGAGCGCCAGCUGGGAACAGGGCAAACAUGGUCACUGCCUCUUAUGAAGCUUCUAGAGGGCAAAUGAAGAGUUGCGUGCUGGCUGUGUGUUCAAUUUUGUUUAAUUUUAUUUUCAAAUGAUUUUGAGAAAUUUUUAAAAUACAAAAUUAUACAGGGAAUAAUCAUUCAACAAAUAUAUGUGACACCUAUUACAUGCCAGGCAGAUAUCCAUAUUCCCACCAACCAGAAUUAACAGUUGUUAACUUCUUAUAUCAUGUUUGCAGUCUUUUGGGUCAUAGUCUUUUGGCGAAAAAUGUAAAAUAAAAUUUCCAUUAAUUUUUGCUGCCUAGGGCAUGGGAGUGGGACAACGAGAAGGAACAGGAGUGAGAUCUCAACAGGCCCAGUGUGGUGGCGGCUGAGGCUGACAAUGCUUCACUCCCCUCUCCCACCCUGACUUUCUUCUGAGCUUGUCCAUCUGUCUCACUAGGCAUGUCUCCAGUAUUUGGAAGUCAAUUGGGAAUUCCUUUGGUGUCUGCCCAACUCACGGUGCCACUCCACCAUCUCCCUCAGUCCUCUCUUAUGCAUCCUCACGCUCUUAUCCACAGGCUCUGCAUGCAGGACUUUGGUAUAUCAUGGCCAGAACCCCAGACCACAGUUGACUAAAGAUGACCCCUGCUUUUCUGGCUUGGGUGCUGUUCUUCAAGAAAUAAAACAUUGGAGAACCAGGUUUGUGCAGGAGUUGUCAAGUUCACUGUGAGACAUCUAGAAGGAGAUGCCCAAUCAGUAGUUAGGGAGACCAGACAAACACUAUGGAAUGAGAAAGACCCGUCACUGCUCUACUAACUUCCCGGGAACCCUAGUUCUGCCACUGCUCUGAAACAUCUAGCUCAAGCUAAAUCCCUGGUAGUCCCUUCCAGUGUUGUUUGCUGCUGUUACAAAUUACCACAAACUUAGUGGCUUAAAUCAAAUUUAUUAUCUUACAGUUCUGGAGGUCAGAAGUCCAAAUGACUCUUAUGGGGCCAAAAUCAAGGGGUCAGCUGGGCUGCACUCCUUGUCUCCUGGUCCCGUCCUCCAUCUUCAAAGGGAAUCACCCUAGCCUCUGCUUCUGUCAUCAUCUUUUUCUGUCUUUAAUCCUCUUGCCUCCAUUUUACAGAGACCCUUGCAAUGGCACUGGACCCACCCAGAUUAUCCAGGUUAACCUCUCCUUCUCAGGAUUCUUAAUCACAUCUGCAAAGUCCCUUUUGCCAUGUAGGGUAUCAUAUUCACAGGUUCCAGGAAUUAGAAUAUGGAUGUCUGCAGAGAGCCAGUAUUCAGCCUGCCACGCUUACCAAAUCUCAACGCAUUCCUCAUUGCCUCUCUGAGGCUAGGCUGAAUGCUCCCUGGGGCUUUGGCAUGGAAAUAACUGUUUCAAAAUUAGAACAUUUGAGGCUCAUUCUUCCCAGCCAUUCCUUCAUCUCUGCCACCUAUCAAAAGGUACCCAUCUUCUGCCUGCCUCCUUUUGAUAUCUUUUUUGACUUUCAUCUUUUUACUACUUUGUUUUCUUAUCCCCAUUCUGAAGGUGGAUGGCCCCCCUCUGUCCCGACUCUCCAUCCUUAACUAGCAAUGCUGCAUCAUCAUCGUUUUCUCAGAUGGGCUGAAGACAAGGUAGGUCAAGCUGCACCUCAACCAUUUUAACAGCAUUAAGAUCUUUGAAGUUGUUCUGUCCACUUAUAACUACUCUUUUGUUUCUCCAUCCUUGGGGAAAUACCCUUCCUCUUUUAAGGCUAUGUCACCUAUCUCUCCUUGUCUCACAAUUAUCGGGCAUUCUCCCAUAUUAUUGAAGGCUUGUCAGAAGAUUUCUUGGAACUCAAGUCUGUAACUCCCACCCCCACCAUGCCCCAAUCCAUCUCUCAGGGUUAUCUUUCUACUUGGGAAUUCUGUUCACUAUCACUUCCUGGUUCAAAGUCCUCCAGUGACUCCUCAUCAUCUGCCAGUUAAAAUCCAUACUUUAGCCAGGCACAUCCUUAGAUAGCUCCUUCCUUGUUCUCAUCUCCCCUUCCUCUUCUUGCAUCUUUCCCUUUAGAUAAACUGAUCCACUUGCCCUUCCCUGAGCACCAUGCUCUUUCAUGUCUUUGUUUCCACUGCUCACAUCCCUCCUCACCCCCAGUCUGCAUAGUGCACGUCUGACUCCUGUUUCUUCAGGUCUUGGCUCAAAGUGUCACCCAGAGUUCCCUGAUCUCUGCAGGUGGAAUUAAUGACUCUCCUGUGUUUGCCACUGGCCCUUUCUCAGGCUCCUCUGUCACCUUGUUAGGCCCUCCCUUACUUUGUAUAUAAUGUGUUCCUGAAAAUGUGUAUAUAAGUUGUCUGUAUCAAAAGAAAGUAAUAAACUUAUAAACCAUAAUGAUGGCUUUCUUCC